GCUAGACGGAUUUUCGAAAAAAAAAAAUGGCAUCUUCGCCGCUCGUGAGCCUCGUUGAUCCGAAGGAACAGUGCUUCGACUUGAAAAGAAACUUCGGGGAGUACAUGCUGCAACAUCUGCGCAUCCAUGCCAACUCUAAAUGGAUCAACGGCACAACCCACGAAGCUGUGGCCUACGGUGAACUAGCUGAGCAGGUGGAGGCUGUGUGGACGGCGCUCUGCCGACUGGGUCUACAGGCUGGAGACAGGAUCCUACUCCUCAGCACCAGCCGAUUACAGCUGCUGCCCAUGUUCCUGGGUGCAGCAAGCGCCAAUAUAGCGUCUAUGUACGUGAGUCCAGGCUAUGGACUAGAUGUCCUCGCCGAUGCGGUGCGGCCCCUGUCCUUAGCGGCCCUCUGCUGUGAACCAUGUUGGGUUCAGGAAGCCGUCAAGCUACAUCGUAUGCUACCUUCUCUUAAGACUAUCAUAGUGCUCGAUGAAGUGGCAGACAAACGGGACGGUGCGUCCGACUGCGUAAUCACCUGGAGCGAGCUGCUGAAGAAGGGGCGCACAGUGAACGGAACACAUCGUUCUUCGAUCGAGUACCGGGAACAACAUAUCUGCUACAUGACGUCAACGAGUGGUACGACCGGCAAGGCUAAAGUGGUCGUGCACACGCACGAAUCUGUUCUAGCUAACGUCCAGUCAAACAGCCAUCCUGCUUACAUGACGCUGAACACAGAUGACGUGGUGCUCGCCACCACUUCUCUGGGUCACGUGUACGCGCUCUUCGACGUUGUCUGCAAGGCCAUUGUACAGGGAGCGUCGGCUGCCUUUGUUGAGACCGCUGACGAUGUGCUCGAGGCGCUACACACGCACAAGGUCACUGCCUUGAGCACGACACCUUACACGGCACGGUGCAUACUGGAAAACGAGAAGCGCAAGGACUACGACCUCAGCUGCCUAAAACAUCUCACGAGCGCGACCGCCAGCAUUAACGAGGACGUGGCAAAGGCACUCUUCGAGGAACUAAAUCUCAAGUCGUUUACUCAGCUGUACGGCCAGUCGGAGAUUCCCUUCGUCACGGCGGGCCUUUACAGCGCACCAUGCCGUUUUAAGUCGAUAGGCCGCUUGGGCAUGGGUGUCGAAGCAAUGGUGAGAGACGUCGAGACGGGCAAGCCCCUCGGACCGUGGGAACAAGGCGAGCUCGUGGUUCGAAGUCCGGGUCUGAUGCUCGCGUACUGGGGUAGGUUGCACGAGCCCGCCACUGACAGCCAAGGCUGGUACAGCACAGGCGACCAAUGCUACUACGACGAAGAUGGUUGGCUGUAUCUGGUGCAACGGAUGAGCGACUUCUUUUGCUGUCGCGGUGCGAAGGUCUCGCCAGUGCUAGUGGAGAAAGUGCUGCACAAAUGUUCGACAGUGCACGAUUGCGCCGUCGUCGGACUUCCGCACCACGAGGCCGGCCACGUGGCACACGCCGUCAUUGUGCGAAAGCCAGAAGCAAGCACAUUGGGAGCUGCACACUUCACGCGAUUCGUAGAAGGUUCGUCUUAUCUCCAACAGAAUUUGGGCGAGCGUUCAGUGAAACAGAGAAAGGCGUGGCCUGGUUGA